AUGAGCAUCCCUCUCGGCACUUCGCCUCUCGUGCAGGGCAUACAAGCAUCUUCAGGCUCCCAACAUUUACAGGGCCAAAGGCGGACAUAUCUAAGCCUCUUGCCUCCUGCUCAAAUCAUUGAGAUAUGCCUCACAUUUGAGGCCCACGCCCCGCAACAUGUGCGUGAAUCGGUAUGGCCUAACGACCUUGAUGCUGCUAUUGUAGCCCUCAAGGAAGACUCGUCCUCAAUUCCUGCUCAGACGGAGGCUGGUUCGUUAACAUCCACUAGCACGCAUACUCCAGUCACUGCCGAUGCACCCUUGCAGCAGGUGCAUACACCAGGUCAAAAUGCGGUUCUGUCAGGUAGUCCACCCAUGGCCUCCUUGUUCGAUGAUGUAGCAGGUGCACGACAGCCGUCCUUGCGAUCUGCAGAGGAGUCCCAUUCCAACCCGCAACAGGAUCGUAUUCCGUCAGCGGCACUUUCAUCUUCCGCUACCGUACAACCGUCCUCUCCCCAACCUCCAGUUGCAUCGACGUCGAAGGUCGGGAUCUCUCACACCAACACUCACUAUCCGCCACCACAUUCGCCAUAUCCAUAUGCUCCGUAUGGCUAUACGGCUCAAAAUCAAUCACAGCAAUCCGCCUACCCACAUACACCGUAUUACCCUCCACCGCCGCCACCGCACCAUCUACAUGCAUAUCCUCCCUACCACUACCCCGGCUACCCUUCUCCUGGCUACCCCUCACAACCAUCUGGUCACGCCCCCUACGCGUCUUAUCCUCCGCCUCCACCUACCCAUGGAUCUCCUUCACAUUAUCACCAUGCCCCCGCGCCAGCUUCGCCUGCGCAGCCACCACCACCACCAGCCAUGAUAGAUGAUUUGCCAUCCUAUGAGGAAAUGAUCGUCGAGGCUUUGCUCGAGAUGGGUGACCCUGAAGGUGCAGCACCGAAGGAUCUGUUUACUUGGAUGGCGGCACGAUAUCCGCUACAAACGAACUUUCGCCCGAGCGCAAGCCAGGCACUGCAGAAGGCAUACAAACGAGGUAGACUGGAAAAACGAUUGGGCGGACGAUAUCGGCUCAACUCGACUUGGGAGGGCGGUGCUACAUCAAAGCGCACGACCCGCCGCCCACAAACGCUCGCACAAACAACAUAUGCGAUGCAGCACCCUCCUCAACCACCUUCGUCUCCCUUCACAACAGCACCGUUACAAUCUCAUCCCCAGCAUCCUCAGCAUCCUCAAUAUCCUCAGCCGAAUCCCUCGGCUCCAGGACAGUCUUCGUAUCCAGGAUAUCCUUACGGAUAUCCCCCGGGCGGAUAUCCAUCAUAUCCUGGCUACCCGCCUUACCCUCCACCGAAUGCACCUGCGACAGCUGAGAAGACUAUCCCACAGAAAAAGGCUCAAGCCGGACCGCCUGCGGAGGUUUCACCGGUUCCGACCGCGCCUAGGUCGAAUGUCACUGAAGGAGAGGAAAAGCAUACGAACGGCGAGAGUGGAGAUGCGGGUGCUUGGGAAGCAGCGCAGCACAUCCUGCAGGCCAUCAAUUUUGGAUCAUUCACUCUACCUACAGAUGGAUUGGAGCAAGCUGCCGGGGAUGCUGCUCAAGGCAGCUCGCAUCCACCUCCUGCGGUCGCUGCGCCAGGCACGGAGCUUGGUGUGGCAGUCGGCUCGAGUGCGACAGGACAUAUUGGCGUGCGUAUGGCACUGACAGACGAGGAACGAGCGUCGUUGCAGGCACAGCUUGCGCUACUAGCAGCGCAGCUCGCAGAGAUCGCGGAGGACGAGGUUGAGGAGGGAGAAGACGAGGUCGAGGAAUUCGUCCACAUUGCGCGUUCAGUGGAUUCUGCAGCUCUGAGAAUACCUUCGGGUGCUGAACAGGGCAAUACAAGUACAGUAGGCAAGGGCAACGCUAUGGUGUUGGAUAUGAACCAGUUCCCUGAGCUGUUCUCGGCAGGUGGCGGGGGCAUUCACCAGGCGGCGCCGAUGGAGGUGGAAGAUACUCCCGCUGUGGGCGUCAGUGCUGAGGAGGAGGAGAGCGAUGACGACGACGAUAUGGAGAUGAUUGAGGUUCCUACAUUAGUUGGUGAGGCAUUACAGACUUGA